AUGCCUUCUCUUGUCGGAAAGGAAGUCGGCUCUACUGGCUAUGGCACAAUGAGAAUGACUUGGAAUGCGGAGCUUCCGUCCCAAGAGGUGUGCUUUGAAACUUUGGAUACUGCCCUGGAACUCGGUGCCAACUUUUGGAAUGCCGGGGAACUAUACGGCUCUCCAGAGUACAACUCUCUACAUCUACUUAACAAGUACUUUGCCAAGUACCCCGAAAAUGCAGAGAAGGUCGUUCUCAGCGUGAAGGGUGGCCUGAAGAAGGGAGAGCUUGUUGUGGAUGGCUCAGAAGCGAACAUCCGUCGUAGUGUGGAUGAGUGUCUGCGUCUACUGGAUGGCAAGAAGAAGCUUGAUAUUUUUGAAUGCGCGCGACAAGACCCCAAAUUCCCCGUUGAGGACACUAUCAGCAUUCUUGCCGAGUAUGUUAAGCAAGGCAAGAUUGGUGGAAUUGGAUUGAGCGAGGUUGAUGCCGAGACAAUCCGCCGAGCACACAAGGUGCAUCCGAUUGCUGCAGUCGAGGUUGAAAUGUCACUAUGGUCCACCGACAUCCUCGAGAAUGACAUUGCCAGAACUUGUUCCGAGCUCAAGAUCCCUGUCAUUGCCUAUUCUCCGCUGGGUCGGGGAGUCCUGACUGGAGCUGUGACCUCCCUGGCUGAUAUUCCCCAAGGCGAUAUCCGGCACCACCUGUCCCGGUUCCAGGAAGAGAACUUCCAACAUAACCUGAAGCUCAUCAAUGAAGUCAAGGAUCUAGCAACUCGCAAGGGCGUAGCCCCUGCUCAGAUUGCACUGGCAUGGAUCCGAAGCCGGAGUGACAAGCCCGGCAUGCCUACUAUUAUUCCCAUUCCUGGCGGCACCACGAAGGACAAGGUAGUUCAAAACAUGGGCGGUACUCAGGUCCUGUCGGAUUCCGAGCUAGCUGAGAUCGAUGCCAUCCUAAAGGAGCACACGGUUGCUGGGCCUCGUUAUUAG